UUUACAUUCUGUUCUUGUCGCGUUGUGUGGAGCCAUUACCCUCGUUCGCGCUGCAGCAUCGUGCCAUAUUCCCACUCGCGCCCUAAAAUUAACAACAUUCUCGUAGUUUUAAGUGAAAUAUUAUGAGAGUGAAGACCGAAAUGGACGACGACGAAAAGGGUAAAUUAUUCGUCGGUGGAUUGUCAUGGGAGACUACCCAAGAAAAUCUCCAACGAUAUUUCGGCCGUUAUGGCGAAGUUAUCGAUUGUGUUGUUAUGAAGAACAGUGAAUCUGGGCGCAGUCGUGGAUUUGGAUUUGUAACAUUUAGUGAUCCUGCUAAUGUUUCUCUGGUUCUGCAAAAUGGACCUCAUCAACUUGACGGACGUACGAUUGAUCCAAAACCAUGUAAUCCACGGACUCUUCAAAAGCCCAAGCGUAGCGGUGGAUUCCCAAAAGUUUUUCUUGGUGGCUUGCCAAGUAAUGUGACGGAGACUGACUUAAGGUCGUACUUUACUCGCUUUGGCAAAGUUAUGGAAGUGGUCAUAAUGUAUGAUCAGGAAAAGAAAAAAUCACGAGGAUUUGGCUUUCUAAGUUUCGAGGACGAAGAAGCUGUGGAUCGAUGUGUCGCUGAACAUUUCGUCAACUUGAAUGGAAAACAGGUUGAGAUAAAACGCGCGGAACCACGAGACUCUUCGAGUAAGAUGAAUGAUAGUCAUCAGGGUCAGUGGGGCCCGCCUCAGCAGGGUGGCCCGCCGAUGGGAAUGGCUGGAAACAUGGGGCCUAUGGGUGGACCAAACGGACAGAUGGGUGGACCCAUGAUGGGAGGACCGAUGGGUCCGCCUGGUAACAUGAUGCAACAAUAUCAGGGUUGGGGUACCAGUCCGCAAACAGGUGGAUAUGCCGGCUAUAGCACUCAAUAUAACGCUCAGGGUUGGGGUGCACCACCAGGACCACCUCAACAGCAGCAAAUUCCGCCACCUCCACCGCAUCAGUGGGGUAGCAGCUACAAUGUUCAGCCGGCUGCUGCUACUCAGGGCUAUGGAAGCUAUGGUGGGCCGGCGGCGGCCGCUUCAGGGGGCUACGGGCCCACGGCGGGUACUGGCGGGGCUGCGGGGGGCGGGCCCGGGGGCUCCUGGAGUUCCUGGAACAUGCCACAGAAUGGGCCUCCUCCUGGGACCCAGCCCCCACCCCAGCCCCCUCAGCCCAACUCCUCGCAGCCCAACUCCAACUCGAACCCCUCUGGCCCGCAGGGUGACAUGUAUUCGCGGCAAAACACCGGCUCAGGUGCACCCGGAUCUAGUAGCAGUUCGGCUAAGACUCCAGAUUAUACUGGGUAUUCCGCGUACAGUAAUUAUGCUGACACCACUUAUCCUCAGCGUUCGUAUCAGGGAGGAGAAAGCAACCAAGAUUUGCGCAGAUACGAAGGUUUAUUACAACAAAUGGACAGGAGUGAAGAGAGGGAGACAGUCGAUUCUAUUAAAAGGAUAAGACACACAAACACACCUUUACACGAUACACACUUACAUUUUUACUCUGAGAAGAUCCUUAAAAACAUACAGCACUGGAAAGAAGAGUGAAUCAGGGAGUGUAAUCAGUAAUUUUUGACAAAAGCCACGAGUGCAUUAACGAAUUGGACGAGUUAGCUAGAUGAUGAAAUAAAUAAAGUCUUGUAAAACGUGUAAUUAUUUUGAUCAUCGAAUCUCGAGACACGUGAUCGAGAGACUAAAUAAUUUUUAGAUUUUAUUAGACCGCUAUUUGAGAAUUAAUGAAAGAAAAAAUAAUUAAUAAGGAGAACAUUUUUAAGGUUUUCUUCUUUUUUUUUUGACACAUGGGGGGGGGAUGCACACCGCCACCUUUUAUUUUGCUCGAAAACGGACGAAGAGUUAUUUCAAUUUUAGUAGAAUGGAAUUCCUACAGUCGUUGGGAUGCUUUAAAAUAAUAUCUCGCACACGGUACGAUGAGAGAAUCGAUCGAUCUACUUUUAUCAUAUUUUAGUGUGAAGUAAUAAGGUAAUAAACGUAAAGUUGGUAAUGAUUGUAACGAUAAUAAAUGAAAUUAUUAACUGUAAUAACAUGACCUGUAUACUUGUAAACUUUUAGCAUUGUAUUGGUAAGGUCGUGUCCCCUUACGAGAUAAUCAUAAUUAAAUAGCAUAAAAUAAAGAUAAACGAGAAAAAAUCUAUGGUAGUAAGUUUAGUAGUAUCACGAGUGUGCCGCAUGCGCAUUUAGAUAUUUGCAUAUGCGAUGUGUGACUUCCUGCAAAAAGUGGCGGGCGCGCGUUACGCCCAUCUCGAAUAAUAAAGACAUAUAUUUGUUAAAUGACCUUUACGCUCGCGCGCUUUCUGUUCGUCUUAUACCCAGUGCCCCGAAUUUAAUGUCUCCCUGUGCUGAAAAAGGAUGUUCGACUUUUUGCAGUUUGCUAUGAAACGAUGAAAUAUCAUACUGUAAAGCGAAGAAAUUUAGCGUAUCUGAUUGUCUGGAUUGGAAUUCCUUGAUUGAGAAAAAGAAAAAAAAAAGGAAAUAGAAAAAAAAAACUCGUAAGUGUGAACUGUAUAAGAAAAGUGAAUGUGGCGCCUAUAAAUCUUGAAUUAAAAUUAUCAUUUUUAAAAGGAAGCUUAUAAACGAAGGAUAUUAUACAAAUAAAAGCGAGCAGUUGCUUGAAAUGUUUAAGUUAUUUUAAGAUGUUUUUUUAUUUUGUGCUUGAUGUAAAACAGAGUUAUUAUUUGUAAGAACUUAAUAAAUUGAAAACAGCAGGGAAUUGUGAAAACGCAAAAGAUAUUUAUAAAUCAACAUACAGUAAAUUAUGAAAACGUUUCAGCCCAAUUUCAGGUCCUCUUCAGUCUGACAGAAUAUAACAAAGGAAGGGAAGAGUUGAUUGUUAAAAAUGUCAGAAUUUAAUACAGUAGUUUGAACAAAUAAAUGAAAGUAAAAUGGGAUGUGAAUUUAACGGUAUUGAUGAUUAAGGAUAAACAAAUUAAAUAAUAAUUAUUAGUUGAAAACAGUUACAUAUUUAACUGCUCUGGCGUGUCUGUAGAACUGAAGAGCUCAAAGAUAAAGCUAUGAGUGAGAUAAUGAGGCUUGAAGUCGGACAUUCUUUGGACAGCACAGAGGUGUACGUUCCAGGCCAAGGCGCAUGGUCUCAACAGAGAAUCAAACAUGUUUUUUAAAUACAUAAAAAAGCCGCAAGCUACCAUAAAAUUUAAAAACAGGAUAGGAUAAAAAGAGAGGAAGGAAGGUAUAGGUGUUUCGAAGCGAGGAGGGAUAGGGAGAGAAAGAGAGAGAGAAAGAGAGAGAGAGAGAGAGAGCGAGAGAAAGAGAGAAAGAGAGAGUGAGAAAAAAAGUAGAUGAAAGAAACUAGAGCAUAAUUUUUUUCGUCGCUUUUAUAAUGAUAAUAAUUAAUGAAUGCUGCAUUGCUGCUGAAAUGCUAUCAGAUCAACAUAGAGGAUAUGUUGAGAAAACACUAUUUACACGCUACUUUCUUGUGUAUCUAUAUAUAUUCAUUACGACAUAUGUGUAUGUAACACGCACUCGUAUGUCUGCUCGUGUAAAUGUAUACCUUUAAAAAUAUAUGCGUUUAUCGAUAGGGAUUAUAAGUAUUUUUUUAAAGGUAUGUACGUUAUAUGCACGAUCAUUCGUGCACGCGUAUGUCCGACAUAUAUACGUAUAUGUGUACCACACUUUUACACAUACACACGCGCGUACAUAUAUAUAUAUAUAUAUACAUAUAUAUAUAUAUAUUAUCUAAAUAUGUAUAGCCGUACACACAAACAUCAGAUACACACACUAUUCUUUUCUUUUCAUUUGUUAGAGAAAGAAAAUAGAGGUGUUAUGUCGAUGCUGUUGCUGGAGUAAUGUUGGUUGCAAGAAUAUUUUUCAUCAGUCGUUGUAGGUGUCGAUAACAAUACAAUUUCAGCUUAUUCUCAAUUUUCGGAUUGACAUAAUAUGCUGAAAUCGAGACUGAAGCUUUGCAACUUGCUUAAGUCGUACACUUUUCUUGUGUUAUCCAUUCUGAACAUACAAAGUAGACGUGUAUUCCGUGAAAAGGCGCAUAGAACACUAUGCGUGAGUAUAUAGAAAUGAAAAUUUAUCGAUCUUUCGUUAGAGGAGGAUCGGAUCUUUUUCCGGUAAUGAUAUGUUGUUCGGAGGAAUUCACGUCUUUGUAUGAUUGCCUUGGUAAAUUUUUGGUGAAUAAUUAAGUUUGACAUAGGAUUCGUAAGAACAAGCCAACGAUAAGUUAUUUAACAUGAAGUUACCGCUUCAAUGCAAUUCAAUAGAAUUCAAUAGUUAGGCUCGACGUAAGCAUAGUUAUUCCAUCUUUUGCAUUAAUAACGAUUUUAAUAUGCCAAAUUUCCUACGUCUCAGCACAAUCAUUUCUACGAUAACUUUCUGAAUAAAAAAAAUUUGCUUCCUGUUAUCUCGUUACGCAAAUAUGCUCCGAGUGGCGCGCAACUUUUUCUUCGCAACUUUUGCGAAUAACUCACGUCCAAGAUAUUUCUUGCAACUGAGACUACUAAAGUUUAGAGUAGUACAACGAACGGCGACGAAUGAAACUCGAAAGAAAACAAUUGGGAUUGCCAUUAUUUAUUGCAAACACCAUUUGUUUUGGCAUCUCGCGGUGUCACAUCUGCAUGUCACAUUUGCGAUCGCGUCGGGCAAAUCGGUGCCGGGCGUGGGGAUCGAUAUAUUAUCCACCGAUCGAUCUUGUCAGGGUGUAUUCUAAGCGCGAAACUCGAAAGUAAACUCCUUGAGAACCAGUCGGAAAGUCCUAGUAACACGCAGUUAAUCCGUUCUCUCUUAAGUAAGCCAGUCUCUAAGUCACCUUGGGACCCGAAAAAAAAGAAACACUUUCUUAUUUAAGUGCUAGUUAAUUAACGGUAACUUUUAGAAGUAUCGCAAGGGCCGAGUGGGAGUAUCACGUAUAACACAAUAUUCGAUUAUGUUUGGACGAAUAAGUAAUUAAGCCUGGCACAUGUUUGAUUGCGCAACAUUGCCAGUAGAUCGAUGUAAAGUGUAAACUAGUUGUAAUUCGUAACUUAAUUAAUUGACGAAAGAACUGACUGCGCGACGAGGGUUUCAUAAUUGUUGGAUUUAUAUUUAAUUAGAUUUUGGUUAUCAUAUGUGAAUUGACGCGAGACUAGAGAUAUACGAUACCUGUAAAUUUUUUAUUCUACGAUAUUAUAGUGCGCUUCUUUCGUGCGCGCGUGAAUACGCGCGGCGAUGGGUCGCGCGAUGCAUUUUACAACUUAAUGAAAAAGAGGACAUAACGUGAAUCUGUGAAUCAAUAGUUUAUCUUUCGCGUAGAACAUCACGAUUAAUGUUAGGUGGUACGUUCAAUCAGUAACUAGAUCAUUAUGGGAACUUAAUUAAGACUUUACCACUAAUGGCUAAUUAAAUGACCAAUCGCGCGAUCAUGUGUGUACGAAUAAGAUGUGCAUCCCGUAUUAUCAUACGGACGGUCGGCAACUCAUAAAUUUUUAUUACUACUGUAAUGGUGUACUGCGUUUUCUCUAAAAUAUUAAACAAUUUACAUAAGAAAUUAUUUAUUAUGAGAAAAUUAUAUUUUUUAAACUUUGUUUUAUUUAAUGAUGUAUAUGUAUCUCGAUAAGGUGCAUCUUCCAAAUAUCUUCCUAUUUUACAUUUAUUUAUAAAUAAAUAAGUAUUUAUUUAUUUUUUAAUUGUAAUUUUUAAUUCUAACGGCCAAGUUUGCACAGUUGCUGACCACUUAUCUAGCUCGCUAAAUAUGUCGAACCUUUUGCAUUUAAUGAGAGUUCUCUACGCUUGCGAUUCGGACGCGACGCAAAUGUGACGCACAAGAAAUCGAUCACACACCGUCUUCGUAGACGCUUUUAAGGUAUAGCGCAUGUACACGUGAGGAUUUAUGUACAAGUGGAACUUGGAGAACUUUAUCGAUUAGAGUAUCGCGUUCUCCCAUUUCUAUUUCGGGGGGAUUGCUCGUCGUACACAUUCGAUAAACUACAUUGAAUAUAAAAUAGUAUUUACACAGAUCCGUAUGCGCAUGUACUAACUAAAUAACUGUUUGUAUUUUAAUGAGUAAUAUUUAAUGUUUGAUGUUUAUCCAUCACAUUAUGUGCGUAAAUAUAGAAUUAUUGCGGAAACAACCGUAUUAUAUCGAUAGAGAGACCGGCGGCGAGCCUAGGGUCGGUUGGUGGUUGGAACGCAUUUUCCGGCAUUGUAGGUGCCUUAUGUUUGCUUUCUCUUGUUUGCAGACGAUUGACGAGUAAGAUUAAUCCACUUUGAUACAAUGCACUAUCGAUAAAAAUUCCAUGGUUUAUAAUAAUUUUAUGAUUAUAGAUUUUAAUUCUAUCGCCGAAAAAUAUUACACAGUAAUGCAUUUUACUUUGCUUUAUUGCUACUCAAAAAUUUCGAUCAUGCAAAAUUACGCACAUUAUUUCUUUUUUUUUUUUUACAAGUAUCUACAAUAGAUAAAUCAUUACGUCUUGAAGAGAUGAGAAACAAAAUAUUGAUAACAAUUAUGGAUGAAAAUUAAGUGUCAACAUGAUUUUGCUACCUCUCAAUUUUUUUAGAUCGAAAAAAUUGCUGUGGGAUUUAUUAACUACGAGAAUAGCUGGAGCCGAUACCGAGACGAUUCGCAUUUUCAGUUUUGAGAUUUAAUUCUCGAUUACGGUGCGCCAGUUAUCGAAAUCGAAAUAUACUUAGUUCACAUUUUGCUCAUUCCAGAAUUUCGUUGUUUCGUUGAAACGGACGAAAGAUCAGACCGACCGAUCGCGGCAGUAGCCCAAGUUAUUGCUAGGCCUUACUUUUUUUUUUGCGUUUUAACAGCACGCGUUAGUUAUAUUUAGUUUAACGCAUAAUUUCGCCGAGAGCGAAAAUACGUCCAACGACCACUGCCCUUCGUGGAGACACGUGAGCGGCGAUCUUUUUCGCGCCCAGCGCCGUUCGCAGAAGCGUAGCCUGGAGAAGGGAUCGCCAAGAAUCAUGAAUUAUUAUUAAUAACGAGUAGUCAGCAUAUUUUAUCGAGCUGAAUUAGGAAGGAAACAUUAAUAAUAAUCGCGCGUCUGCUGUUUCUCCUCGCGAGUCGCGUUUGCGCGAACUCGCGGCGCUUCAGCCCGAUUUGGAGAUAUUGCCAUGACACUUGAGCUUAGGAUAAAAAAAGCGGAAAAAAAUAACAAAACCUUAUUAAAAGAUAAAAGAAGUGUCAAAGUACUGCUACAAUUAUCACUAAUUAACUAUUAACGCGUUAGUACGACUCAAACCGAAGAGCGGGGUGGAAAAAGCAGGGGAAGAAGGUGGAAAUAGAGGGGAAAAAAACUGUACUGUUGUUAUUAAUUUCUAUUUGUAAUUAAUUAAUUAAUUGUCAUCAGCCAUGGCUUUACUAUUUUCUUGAUAAAAUACUAUAUAUCUUCUACAGCUUCUCGAGGCUUCGGAGUAAUGAGGCGCGUGUGAGAGAGAGAGAAAGAACGUAGCUUAGAUUUACUAAGGCGAGCGUGUUUAACGUUAAUUAAGAUCGAUGGGAGUUGGAGCUUAAUUGGUGUCGUAAGAAUCCUGUGCGGUCGAGCGCUGCGUGGGUGGCUGUAGGGGGCGGGGGUUGAGAGAGGGUGCGUGUGAAACGAAACGGGCGCAGCAGAAACCUGGACUCGGUUAGGAUAGAUAAAUAGACGUAUAUAAGACGACCUGGAAAGACUGGGAAUUAAUUAAAUCACACUCUCGGAAUAGUUAAUUAGGAAGGCUGGCUGUAAAGUCAAACGACUGUUCCGCGUUUAUUGUUACUAAUAGUUAAUGGGCUAUCUCUAACGUCUUACGGUCUAGUUUACUCGAUAUAAUGGGACAAAAAGUUGUUUAAUAAACUCGUUACCUCCGCCUAAGGAUGAAUAGCUGUUACGAAAAAAAAAAAGCAAUCGUAAGGUUAGCUGGGUAAGGCCGAAUUUCACGUUAAAAUAAAUACGCGGAUAGAAAGUACACACCGAAAGUGCUACACAAACACACACACACACACACUCACACACACACAACAGAGGUCUCUUUUCUUCGAACGAUAACGCGAGAUACGUAAUACGGAAGGAAGGAAAGUGCGAAGGAAAUUUUCGUUUUACAUCCGACAUUGACAAUUCACUAACUCCUCUCGAGUGCGGUUCGCAGUAUUGCAUUAUGUCACAUUCGAAUAUCUGGCUGUUUUAAAAAGAGCGUCUUUCAAAAUUAUGAACGUUACAAGAAAAAUUUCCAAAGUCGACGGCUUAUUUUCGUUCUCUUUUGCUGCAUCGGUACGAAUGUUACUUCGUACUUGGACAACAUAACUCUUCUUAAACGUGUCUUAAAAUCGCGACGGUACGAUCGUCGUAUAUUCCUUCACGAGGGAUACGACGACGUCGAACGUCGCGUCCGGGGUAGCGAAAGGUGACACGGGGUGAAAGAUGAAUGAAUGUGAAAAGUUGGGCGAGACGUCAUAGAGGUAAAUCGAUAUAAUUAUUGAUUAAGGGCUAAGUUGUGUACAAAUGUAUUAUAAAUUAACGAUUAUCUCAGAGUACCUUAACGCAGAAAGGAAAAAAAGUAAUUAAUGAAACUUCACUUGACUCGUUUUAAUUAUCAUGAAUACAAUAUUAUAUAUAUAGAGGCCCGCCGUCGCUUCUUUCAAUGGCGGGGGGCGAGAGCGCGGGUACGGUGCAUAGGAUCAAUAAUUAAGAUAUCGAUUAUUGUCUAAUUAAUUAAUUAAACUUGUAACUCUCGAAAUAAGGCCGUUGUAGACAAGUAUUAAAAUAGGAAAAGUGAGAUAUUUUUAAUGAAACAACAACAAAUGCCAACUAUUGUGUUCUCGUGAGAAUCAUAAUUAUUCCGUAAUUCUUAAGUAAAAAGAGGAAAGCGUAUCUAAGUCGUUGAUUAUAUAAGUCGUUGUAAUUUAAUUCUUUUGUUAGAAAGCAAAGACAACGGGAGAAAGUAAAAUGGGAUAUGAUAAAUCACAGGCAAGACGAAACGUACGCGAGUAAAAGAACGAAUGGACGAACGUGUGCACGAAACGAUGAUUCCGAGUGGUUGACAAAAUUGAGUGAUAAUGGAUUGAUAAGCACGAUGAUCGAGUGACUCUUGCGAAUAAUGAACGGUAGAUUGAAUGAGAAAUCGAAUAAAUUCGGGGUUUUCCGCUGAAUUUCUAAUAAUAUACAUGUGUGUGCAUGAAAGUUGAUUAACAAAAAAAAACAGUGACUUUUAUUACUCUUUGUUUUAUUUACUAAUUUAUACAAAACAAUUAUUAUUUUACUUACUGGGAUUUAUCAAUAUAUAUUGGAUGUUUAAUAUCACAAAUUAAAUUAAAUCUACAACUUUGUUUUAACAUCUCCAUUAAAAAUUGGGAUGUAAAGAAAUUAUCGAUAUUGUACGACUUCCAACUCAAAACUGUGAUUAGAUAUGGAAUAAAAAAAGAGAUAUUUAUCAAAAACGAAUCAUUAGUGUUCCAAUAAUUGCAUGAAAUUUAUUGUUGUCGAUUAUUUGUCAUCAUUAAACGAUAUUCAGAUUACAAAGGCUACAAAAAGUGUGCAAGAGAUUCGAGAAAAACCGAAUAGAUUCAAUUUCUCAGUGGAAAGGACGGUGUGAAUGAUGAGUGCGAUGAGGAAGAAUGAGUGAAGGAGAACCGCGUGAUUACGAGACGAGUGAUUACGAGUGAGCAUAGGCAUAAAUAUUCGAUGUUAACAACCAAACGGUGGACAUAUAUACUCACACACUAAGAGAGUGACGUUCUCACAUACAUUCUAGUAAUACAGGAUCAUAGAUUGUACGAGGUACAAGUGGCACGCGAUCAGGCGCGCCGAAUCAGGUUUAAGGUUUGCCAAAUCUUACUAAGUAAAAACCACGCGAAACAGAGUAAAGUUUAUUAAGCUGUAUUACGUAUAGCAUGUGUAGGGAGUACUUGCAUUAAAAAAAAACAUAGCUAAAAACCGUUAGUGCUUAUUAAAAACGAAGAUGUGAUGAUGAGUGUCGGUGCAAUAUUUCCAAAUCGACGCCCCUCGAACCUGCCGUUUGUCGGAAGAAACCAUCAGCCUUCAAACGAUCUUGCAUGUAAAACGUAAAAGGAAA